UCUGAGUCAAACAUUCAAAGUGCUUGAUGUCACAUCACCAACAGGUACGAUGGCACAAACAUCUCUGCAAUGGCUGAUCUUUCUGACCUCACUGCUGAGCAGCACAACAAACCAAGCCUCUCUGACUGUGAGUCCCAGCAGCUCUCAGAUGUUUGCAGGACAGUCUGUCUCUCUGAGCUGUGAGGAGGACGACAGCUCUGCUGGAUGGACUCUGAGGAGGAACACAACCAGAGAAACCAGGACUCAGUGUGGAGAUGGCUGGGGAAGACCUGCUGGUUCUUCCUGUAUCAUCAGCUACAUGGUCCCAAGGGACAGUGGAGUUUACUGGUGUGAGUCCAGAGAGGGAGCAACCAGUAACAGCAUCACCAUCACUGUCACUGGUGGACCAGUGACCCUGCAGAGUCCUGUCCUCCCUGUGAUGGAGGGAGAAGACCUCACUCUGACCUGUAGAACAAAGAGGUCCUCCAACCUCCCAGCUGGUUUCUAUAAAGAUGGCUCCUUCAUCAGGAAUGAGCCUGCAGGUCACAUGACCAUCCACCAUGUUUCCAGGUCUGAUGAAGGCCUCUACAAGUGCGACAUCAGCAGUGUUGGAGAGUCUCCACCCAGCUGGGUCUCUGUCACAGUUCUGACCUCACUGCUGAGCAGCACAACAAACCAAGCCUCUCUGACUGUGAGUCCCAGCAGAUCUCAGAUGUUUAAAGAUGAAUCUGUCUCUCUGAGCUGUGAGGAGGACGACAGCUGUGCUGGAUGGACUCUGAGGAGGAACACAACCAGAGAAACCAGGACUCAGUGUGGAGAUUACUGGGGAAGACCUGCUGGUUCUUCCUGUAACAUCAGCUUCAUGUUCCCAGGGGACAGUGGAUUUUACUGGUGUGAGUCCAGAGAGGGAGCAACCAGUAACAUCAUCACCAUCACUGUCACUGGUGGACCAGUGAUCCUGCAGAGUCCUGUCCUCCCUGUGAUGGAGGGAGAAGACCUCACUCUGACCUGUAGAACAAAGAUGUCCUCCAACCUCCCAGCUGGUUUCUAUAAAGAUGGCUCCUUCAUCAGGACUGAGCCUGCAGGUCACAUGACCAUCCAUCAUGUUAACAGGUCUGAUGAAGGCCUCUACAAGUGCAACAUCAGCAGUGUUGGAGAGUCUCCACCCAGCUGGGUCUCUGUCACAGUUCUGACCUCACUGCUGAGCAGCACAACAAACCAAGCCUCUCUGACUGUGAGUCCCAGCAGAUCUCAGAUGUUUGAAGGACAGUCUGUCUCUCUGAGCUGUGAGGAGGAUGUUUUUUUCGACAGCUCUGCUGGAUGGACUCUGAGGGAGGAACCACCCUUAAAUGUUAGUGAAACCAGGACUCAGUGUGGAGAUGGCUGGGGAAUUGAUCUGCUGGUUCUUCCUGUUUUUUUCUCAAAAAAAGCUCAGAUUAAAAGACCCCCAGCAGCAGCAGCCAUUUUCUUUGUUUUCAAGCAACAAGGAAUGAUACCUUGA